AUGGCGACUUUGCUCUCCAGCGGCAUCGUUCGAAUGACCACCACGACGACGACCUUUGUUUUGAAGAGCGCGGGGUUGUUCAAAGCGAAAGGAUUUGGUGGUGGCUCGUCCUCGCUGUUUCAUCCUCAUCAUCGGCAACACAUGGAUAAAAGACGAACCUUGAAAGCCGUUACGAAUUCCAAUUCAUUCUCGUCGUCGUCGAACACCAACAGAGCGAAGAAGAAGGCGACGACGAGCGACGACGUCGAAAAAAGGCAAAGAAUGACGCACAUGGCAAAAGUUCGCGCGUCUUUUUCUCCUUCUUCUUCUUCCUCCUCGACCGAAGAAAAGAUGUUCACGGUGCAACACAAUUUGGAAUCGCUGAGCGAUAAAAUUUUCUGCAACCGUUCGUUGCCGAUGAAGUCGAUCAGGUCGGUUGGAUUCGAUAUGGAUUACACUUUAGCCAUGUAUAAACCGGAAACGUUCGAACGGUUGGUGUACACGAAAACGAUCGCGAAAUUAGUCUCACAUUACGGGUACCCGAAGGAAAUUUUGAAGUCGUUCCAAUUCGACGAGACGUACAUGGUGAGAGGCCUCGUCAUCGAUAAGAAGCGAGGAAACGUGUUGAAGAUGGACAGACAUAAUUACGUGAAAGUUGUCGUCCACGGGUUCAAAGCGGUGAGCACGGAAGAGAGGUUGAUGACGUAUUGCGACUCGUCGAAAGUCGGGACUUCGUUUACCGGGAACGAGUAUCAAGCGAUGGAUACGUUGUUCGCGUUGGCGGAGGCGUAUUUGUUUUGCCAACUGGUGGAAAUGAAAGAUUUAGUUAUGAUAGACGAGAAAAAGAAGAAAAAUAAAGAAUACGAGAAGUUAACGAACGUGUCGUAUCACCAGAUGUUCGACGAGAUUCGUAAGAGCGUGGAUUUGUGCCACCGGGACGGGAGUUUGAAAACCGAGGUGGCGAAAGAUCCGGCGAAAUACAUCGUCCCGGAUGAAAGUCUGAAAGAGUUACUGACGACGUUGAAAACGAGCGGUCGGUCGGUGUUUUUGUUGACCAACUCUCUGUUCGAUUACACGAACGUCGUGAUGAACUUUCUCAUUUCCGGUAAGACUGGCGAGGAGAAGAAUUUAGAUUGGUUGGAAUAUUUCGAUAGCGUGUUUGUCGGGUCGAUGAAGCCGAAUUUUUUCACGCAAGAUAACAACAUCAUUUUUGAAGUGGACGCGAAGACGUACAUGUUGAAAAAUACCGAUUCCGGUGGGCCGUUAACGCCGAUUGGUGGAAGCGAUAUCGACCACGUGUCGGCACCGUCGUCGUCAAAACCUGGCGACGGCGAAAACACCUACGAUUCAAAGGUGUAUCAAGGUGGAUCGUACGUCCAUCUCAUGGACUCGCUCGGAAUUUCUCGAGGUUCGGACGUUUUAUACGUCGGCGACCACAUCUUCGGGGAUAUUUUGAGAAGUAAGAAAACGCUAGGGUGGAGAACGAUGUUGAUCGUGCCGGAAAUGGAUCACGAGCUGGAAGUGUUGGAGGAGACUCGAGAAGAGGGCGUUUUGGACGAGCUGAAACAGUUGCGCGAACGAAGAGACGAGUUGGAUUAUAAGUUGCAAAAGAUUAUAUUCGAGGAAAAACGACAAAAGGAAAAGGAGAAAAUGGCGAAAACGUCGGAGGAGAUGAAAAUGGUCGAGCAACUCGAGAAAGAUUUUGAAACCGCGAAAUUGGAACAUCGGAAGAAAACAAAGGAGUACCACGAACGCUUCCAUUGGGUUUGGGGCGCGUUGAUGAAAUCCGGAUAUCAAAACUCUCGAUUCGCGCACCAAGUCGAGCGGUACGCGUGCGUGUAUACGAGUAAAGUUUCGAACAUGUUGAGGUAUUCGCCCGAGGCGAGCUUUCGCGCGUUUAGCGACACGAUGCCCCACGAUGAUAGUUCACCGUAA